UGUUUAGAUGAAUGACCUUUCCAAGUUGUUCUACUUAUCAGUAGUUUCAAAGGUUUGCAAGGAACUUGAAAAUCACUUGGGGUUUAGUGAUAAAGUUUUGGCGGAAUUCAUCAUCGACUUGGGGAAUAAACACCAGACUUUGGAAAGUUUUGUUCAAGCACUCACAGAAAGUGGCGGAGAAAAUUGGCCAGCUUCACUGUGUUCAAGUUUGUAUCGAAGUGUGUCCACUUUGCGAAAGGAGAAUGGCAUCGCUAAGGAGAAACCAAACUUCAACCCAAUCACUGUCCAACCGGAUGAAGAGCGUGUUGAAGAACAAAAGAAAAGAACCGAACAUUAUCCUGGAUUAGCUUUACCUGACCAUAGAGAGGAAGCUAGAAAACGAAUACAGGAAGACAUUUCGGGAAAGGAUUACUAUAGAAAGGGCGACUUCCUUGGCAUACCAAUUCAAUUGAGUGAUUCAGAAACCGAAGAAGAUAAUAAAAGUCGUAAGAAUCGGGGAAGUGAAAGGGUGAAACGAGAAGUUUCUCGUUAUGUACAGAAAGAUAGUUCUGUGAAAAGAAGAAGAAGAGAAAAAGAAGAAAUUCAAGUCGGUGCUAUUUAUUCUGGAAGAAUUACCAACGUCGUAGAGUUUGGAGCUUUUGUGGAGUUGGAGGAUGUACUUAUGCCUCCAGGCUUCGAAAAUAAAAAGAGCCAUGGUGGGAGAAACCGCGGUCCUGAAGGUUUGAUUCAUAUUUCUCAAAUUUCUAAGAGUGGAAGACGACUUGCUCAUCCUUCAGAAGCAGGCUUGGAAAGGGAAAAAAGAGUUUUUGUGAAAGUACUGUCACUUAAUGGAAAUCGAAUUGGUUUAUCGAUGAAAGAUGUAGAUCAAGAAACAGGAAAUGAUUGGUCUAUCAGUUCCAGAAUGGAUAAUACAGCAGUAUCCUUAUAUGAAAUGAAGUCUUCUAAUCCUGAAGUUCCGUCCUAUUCAUCCCAAAAUCAUUCGAGAAAGUUAAUCAGUGGAAUUCCAGCUUCCUUUGCAGAUGAUGAAGGAACAGGAAGACCUCGUAGACGUAUUCCUUCUCCAGAAGCUUGGGAACUCACACAACUACGAAAUGCAGGCGUUAUUCCUGAAACACAAAUGAAUAAAAUUUUAGGUUUACAAACUGGUGAUGAAGAGGAUAGUGGUGAUGUUCUUCAUCAUGUGGAAGAGCCAAAGGAAGAGUUGGAAAUUGAGUUGAAUGAAGAAGAACCCCAGUUCUUGCGUGGUCAGACGAGUAGAGCACAGCCUCUUAGUCCUGUUCGUAUCGUAAAAAAUCCUGACGGAACUUUACAAAGAGCUGCUUUGACGCAAUCCAAUCUAGCAAAAGAAAGACGCGAAAUGCGGGAACAACAAAAGAGAGCCAUUAUGGAAGGAAAUGGAGAAGACCUUAAUCGUGCUUGGGAAGAUCCUUUGACGGGAACAGAGGACACAAACUCUUUUAAGAAUCGGAGCAAUGUAGACAUUCCAGAUUGGAAAAAGAAAGCUUUAGGCACGGCACCUUCCCUAGGGUUUUCCAGGAAAGCAGAUAAAACAAUAGCUGAACAGCGUCAAAGUCUUCCAAUCUAUCGUCUCCGAGAUCAACUAAUGGAGGCGAUUGCUCAGAACCAAGUUUUGAUCGUUAUUGGUGAAACUGGAAGUGGAAAGACUACACAAAUUACUCAGUAUCUUCAUGAGGAAGGAUAUACGAAAGUAGGAAAGAUUGGAUGCACACAACCCAGACGAGUUGCAGCAAUUUCUGUAGCCAAACGCGUUUCAGAAGAGACCGGGACUCGAUUGGGAGAGUUGGUGGGCUAUUCCAUUCGUUUUGAAGAUUGCACAAGUCCUGAAACGAAAUUGAAAUAUAUGACCGAUGGAAUGCUAUUACGUGAGGCCCUUUUGGACCCUGAAUUGAGUGCUUAUUCAGUAAUCAUGUUGGAUGAAGCUCAUGAGAGGACUAUAUCGACCGAUGUGUUAUUUGGUCUACUGAAAGAUUGUAUUCAGAAGAGACCAGAAUUGAAACUGAUUGUCACUUCAGCUACCCUGGAUGCUGAGAAGUUUUCAUCCUAUUUCUUUAAUUGUCCUAUCUUUACUAUUCCGGGACGUUCCUACCCAGUAGAAAUUUUAUAUUCAAAGGAACCAGAAACUGAUUAUUUAGAUGCUGCGUUGAUUACUGUUAUGCAGAUUCACUUGUCAGAACCUCCUGGAGACAUUUUGUUAUUCUUGACAGGACAAGAAGAAAUUGAUACUGCUGCAGAAAUACUUUAUGAACGAAUGAAGAGCUUAGGUCCCCAAGUUCCCGAGUUGAUUAUUCUUCCAGUUUAUUCUGCUUUGCCUAGUGAGAUGCAAACUAGAAUAUUUGAACCUGCACCUCCCAAUGCCAGGAAGUGUGUCAUCGCUACCAAUAUUGCAGAAGCAAGCUUGACAAUUGAUGGUAUUUAUUAUGUAGUAGAUCCUGGAUUUGCCAAACAGAAAGUUUAUAAUCCAAAACUUGGAAUGGAUUCUUUAGUUGUUGCUCCGAUAUCUCAAGCAAGUGCUCGUCAACGUUCUGGUCGAGCUGGUCGUACUGGACCUGGAAAAUGUUUUCGUCUUUAUACAGAACAUGCCUAUAAGAAUGAAAUGUUGCCAACAAGUGUACCAGAAAUACAACGCACCAAUCUCUCGAAUACUGUACUUACUCUUAAAGCAUUGGGUAUCAAUGACUUGAUUCACUUUGACUUUAUGGACCCACCUCCAACACAACAUUUGAUUGCAGCUAUGGAAAACUUGUUUUGUUUGGGAGCCUUGGAUGAUGAAGGAAUGUUGACUAGAUUGGGAAGGAAAAUGGCAGAAUUUCCAAUGGAGCCACCUUUGAGUAAAAUGUUAUUGGCAAGUGUUGACUUGGGCUGCAGUGAAGAGAUUGUGACUGUAGUUGCAAUGCUUAGUGUUCAAAAUGUAUUCUAUCGUCCGAAAGACAAACAAGCACUUGCUGAUCAGAAGAAAGCAAAGUUCCAUCAGCCGGAAGGAGAUCAUCUCACCUUACUUGCAGUAUAUGAAGCAUGGAAAGCCAAUAAUUAUUCAACGGCUUGGUGUUUUGAGAACUUUAUUCAAGCCCGUUCUUUGAAGAGAGCCCAAGACAUUCGGAAACAAUUGGUAGCCAUUAUGGACCGGCAAAGAUUGGAUUUAGUGGCAGCUGGAAGAGCUUAUAAUAAGAUUAGGAAGGCUAUUGUGUCAGGUUUCUUUAUGCAUGCAGCUAAGAAGGAUCCCCAAGAAGGAUAUCGCACCAUUGCAGAAGGACAACCCGUUUAUAUUCAUCCUUCUUCAUCACUUUUUCAUAUUCAGCCGGAUUGGGUUAUUUAUCACGAGUUGGUACAAACUACUAAAGAGUAAGUCGUGGCGCUUGUUUAUCUUUGA